AUGUCAAAAGUUGUGGUUUUAGGUGCCGGAGUCUCCGGUUUGACCUCCGCCCUCUGCCUAUUAGAGAAUUUCGGUGACAGAAUUGCAAACCUCAGCAUUUUGUCUUCAGAAUGGCCUGGUGACUAUCACGCCCACGAUUUCACGUCCCCUUGGGCGGGAGCAAAUUGGGCGAGUUUCGCCAAAAAGCAUGAAGUGGACCAAAUAAGAAGAGAUAAAAUAUCAUAUUUGAAGUUCGAACAGUUGGCUGCUUCUGAGCCCGAGUCAGGGGUGAAGCCUUAUAAGCUAAAAUCCUGUUUUCUGAAGAAAGAAGGACUACCAUGGUAUAUAGAGCAGAAAUUUGUUCGGGAAAUUAAAAUGAUAACGGAGGAAGAGCUAAAUUACAGAAAUCUGGACCCUAACUUGUAUCAUGGAGUUGAAUUUCUGAGUUUCACGGUGACUCCCAACGUGUACAACAAUUAUCUUCUAGCCAAAAUUCGCAAGCUCGGAGGCGAAGUGAGAAGAGUACCUCGGCUAGAUGUAAUAACAGAUGUGGUGUCAGUCGUUGGGCUUGUUCCUGACCUCGUUGUCAAUGCCACAGGAGUGAAUGCGGGAAAGCUCUUAAGAGAAGAAGAACCAAAAGAGCUCCAAAACGUUGUUCCUAUCAAGGGUCAAAUUCUACAAAUUUUCGAGGAUUUGCCCUACCAAGUUAUGGUCGAAACCUUGCCGAAAGAGCUUAAAGGCAGGCCUAACCAAUUUCUGAACAUCUUCCCUCGUGCCGAAGGUGGGUGUAUAGUAGGUGGUAUUUUCGCGAAAGGAGACUGGUCUAAUACCGUGGACGAAGACCUAAGCAAAAGCAUUUUAAAAGUUUGUAGAAAUCACGUUCCUGAGCUUCGGUCCGUUACUACUUACAAUUCCUACGUUGCAUUAAGGCCCGGGCGUGAAGGCGGUGUGAGAAUCGCGUUGUCCAAGUAUCGCCUUAAAAACUUUCCUGAGACUCUAAAUGUCGUUCAUAACUAUGGUAUUGGCGGCGCUGGCUAUCAGUCCUCUUACGGAAGCGCUAUGGAGUUGUGCGGAAUAGUUUCUGAAGUUUUUACAAAUAGAAACAAGCCUAAGUGCUCGAAACUAUAA